ACAGCUUUCUCCUUUGACAGGCCGCAGUUUACAUAUUACCGACCUCCUCUGCAGUUUGAAUUCCACCGCCGUGGAAGAACUCCUAAACCCUAGUCGACUCGAUGUUCGGCCGCGCAGCAACCGCCAAGCUCGCCCGGUCCGCCUGUUCGGCCGCGGCGCGCCGCCGCCGCUCUUCCUCCCUCCGCGCCGCCCUCUCCUCACACCCCGCGCCGGCGGCCAGCCCUGCGGCUCCACUCUCCGGUGCCCGCCCGUACUCACCCUUGGUUGGAGGCCCGAGCUUACUCGGCUGCUCCUUGGACAAGGGCCUAGACCGUCGCCAGUUCCACUCCUCCACCCCUCUUCGCUAUAACCAUGGCGGCGGAUCUCAGGUCACUCAAACAGAGUCCACUGAGAUGGCAUGGGAUGGAAUCAUUGGUGCAAUAGACGCUGCGCGACAAUAUAAGCAGCAAGUGGUGGAAACUGAACAUCUUAUGAAAGCUCUUCUAGAGCAGAAAGAUGGUUUGGCUCGAAGAAUCUUUACUAAGGCUGGAGUUGACAACACAUCUGUUCUGCAAGCUACAGAUGAGUUUAUUUCACAGCAACCCAAGGUUAUUGGUGACACAAGUGGGCCUAUAUUGGGACAAAACUUAAUUACACUCUUUGACAAUGCAAAGAAGUUUAAAAAGGAGUUUAGUGAUGAAUUUCUGUCAGUUGAACAUCUUGUCCUGGCAUUCUUGUCAGACAAAAGAUUUGGUCAACAAUUAUUGAAGAAUCUCAAACUCAGUGAGAAAGAGCUGAGGGAAGCGGUGACUGAUGUGCGUGGAAGCCAAAGAGUCACUGACCAAAAUCCUGAAGGGAAGUAUCAAGCACUAGAGAAAUAUGGCAAUGAUAUGACAGAACUUGCCAAACGUGGUAAACUGGACCCUGUUAUAGGUCGUGAUGAUGAAAUACGACGCUGUAUUCAGAUUUUAUCUAGGAGAACAAAAAACAAUCCUGUGAUUAUUGGUGAACCUGGUGUUGGGAAAACAGCCAUUGCUGAAGGAUUAGCCCAACGCAUUGUGAGAGGAGAUGUUCCAGAACCAUUACUGAAUAGAAAGCUGAUAUCUUUGGAUAUGGGUUCACUGCUUGCGGGGGCUAAAUUUCGUGGCGACUUUGAAGAAAGAUUGAAAGCUGUACUAAAAGAAGUUUCUGCUUCCAAUGGCCAGAUCAUUCUAUUCAUCGACGAGAUUCAUACUGUAGUUGGUGCAGGAGCUACUGGUGGGGCAAUGGAUGCUGGAAACUUGUUGAAACCUAUGCUGGGUCGAGGAGAGCUCCGUUGUAUUGGAGCUACUACCUUGAAUGAGUACAGGAAGUACAUUGAAAAGGAUCCAGCAUUGGAGCGUAGGUUUCAACAAGUGUAUUGUGGUCAGCCAUCUGUAGAAGAUUCCAUAUCAAUACUUCGAGGACUCCAUGAGCGCUAUGAGUUGCACCAUGGUGUCAAAAUAUCUGAUGGUGCUCUUGUUGCAGCAGCAAUGCUUUCUGAUCGGUACAUCACUGAACGUUUUUUGCCUGACAAAGCCAUUGAUCUCAUUGAUGAAGCUGCUGCAAAGCUGAAAAUGGAGAUAACAUCUAAACCCACGGAGUUGGAUGAGGUGGACAGAGCAGUGCUGAAAUUAGAGAUGGAGAAGCUUUCCUUGAAAAACGAUAGCAACAAAGCUUCCAAAGAACGACUAAGCAAGCUGGAAACUGAUUUAGACUCACUCAAGCAAAAACAGAAUGAGUUAACAGUGCAAUGGGAGCAAGAAAAAUCAUUAAUGAAUAAAAUAAGUUCAAUUAAAGAGGAGAUUGAUAGAGUCAACUUGGAGAUGGAAGCUGCAGAGCGUGAGUAUGAUCUGAGCCGCGCAGCUGAACUGAAGUACGGUACACUUAUUUCCCUGCAAAAACAGCUCCAAGAGGCUGAGCAGAAGCUUGCUGAAUUCCAACAGUCUGGGAAAUCAAUGCUUCGGGAGGAAGUCACAGAUCUUGAUAUUGCUGAAAUUGUUAGCAAAUGGACUGGUAUACCAAUCUCUAACCUUCAGCAUUCAGAGAGAGAUAAAUUGGUUCAUUUGGAGGAAGUUUUGCACAAGAGAGUGGUCGGUCAGGAUAUCGCUGUUAAAUCCGUGGCUGAUGCUAUUCGUCGUUCUAGAGCAGGAUUAUCAGAUCCAAAUCGUCCUAUAGCAAGUUUCAUGUUUAUGGGUCCUACUGGUGUUGGCAAAACUGAGCUCGCAAAAGCUUUGGCUGGUUAUCUUUUCAACACAGAGAAUGCACUUGUAAGAAUAGAUAUGAGCGAGUACAUGGAAAAGCAUGCAGUUUCUCGGUUAGUUGGUGCGCCGCCUGGUUAUGUUGGUUACGAGGAAGGAGGCCAGCUUACUGAAAUUGUACGACGAAGACCUUAUUCUGUAGUGCUUUUUGAUGAAAUUGAGAAGGCACACCAGGACGUCUUCAACAUUCUGUUGCAACUGCUUGAUGAUGGAAGAAUCACUGAUUCACAGGGAAGGACUGUCAGUUUUACAAAUUCAGUUGUGAUUAUGACAUCAAACAUUGGUUCACACUUCAUCCUGGACACGCUUCAAACUACACAUGACACAGAGGAGGCUGUGUAUGAACUGAUGAAGAAGCAAGUCAUUGAAUUGGCUAGGCAAACAUUUCGCCCUGAAUUCAUGAACCGGAUCGAUGAAUACAUCGUAUUUAAGCCUCUGGACAAGACACAGAUCAGUCGCAUUGUGGAGAUGCAGUUGGACCGUUUGAAGGAGAGGAUGAAACAAAAGAACAUCUACCUACAAUAUACUCCAACGGCAGUUGAGCUUCUCGGAAACCUCGGUUUUGACCCUAAUUUUGGUGCCAGACCUGUCAAGAGGGUGAUCCAGCAGAUGGUUGAGAACGAGAUUGCACUUGCCGUGCUGCGAGGAGAUUUCAAGGAAGAUGACACCAUUAUAGUGGAUGCUGAUCAAUCUCUCAAAGAUCUCCCCCCUCACAAGAAACUAGUCAUAAGAAAAGUGGACAACAUCCAUUUGCCUGAUGCACUGGCAGCUUAAUAACUGAUUUGGCCAAUAAAUAAAUUAGAGAAAUCCUUUUUUCAGUUUUUUUUUUUUUAACUGUGUUGGUUUUGUAGGAUAUCACGAGGGUGUAUGAUUAUGAACAAUGCUGCCAACGGCCUGGCUGAAAAUAUUUCGCUUCUGAGCUAAUUCUCUAUAAAAUAUGGUAGCUGGUCUUCUUGUGAUCUA